AUGGUGAGAGCAGAGCGAAAAUUCGUCGACCUCAUGCGCUCAAUCAGCUCCUUCUGGUGCAACUGGUCUCCAGAUGACCCAAUCGAGGUCGGAUCCUACGGCCGUUUCGACCUUGAAACAACACGAUUUACCGUCCUUGGCAACAUCUAUGAUACGGAAUUCCAAGUCCUGCUCGAUGCUGUCGAUGGGAAGUUUAAGAUGUCGGACCAUCCGCCAGAGAUGGAUCCAGUAGAGCAGGAUAUGAUUCUCACCUCUACGGGUGCCAGGAAACAACCCUUUGAUCCAGGGGCAGAUGGCAAGAUCCAGAACUUCCGCAAAGCUGAGUUCAAGACGAAUUUCAAGUUCUUAGGCAAUAGGCGAGCCGGCGUACUCGUCAUGCACAAGCCUCGUCAGUAUCAUGUUCCCCAUAACACAGUACUCGAGGUGCUGUACAGAAUACCGGAGUUCAAAGGCCUGUGGAUCGUUCCAUCAGUCUACAAGUGCCGCGCAUACAGUCUGUAUCUGUCGAGUAAACUCGAUGAAACCGUCUCUUUGGCACUUCUUCCGUGUCAGGGAGGCAACGACCUUGAAUGGUGGUCCAACUCUGACUCGGAGUACCUCCGCCAGGGCACCGACAAGCAAUAUUUCGUUGCACCACUCUUCGCCGCAAAACAAAAGCUCCCGUUGAUCCGACGCUAUAUGCGCGAUAUGCCUACACCAGACCCCGAACCAAGCGAUAAAUUUUGGAUAGAUGGUUAUCCAGGUUGGGAGCCCGUCGAUGAGGAUGGUUACGAUGAUCCUAUAUAUGACGGGGUAUGUGACUAUUUCUCUCCAGUUUCACAAAACCUCACUUCUUGUCACUCCUACAGGAUUAUGAGCCGGUUAUAG